GUGUGUAAAUGGCGCCCCCUGCUGCUCGCUCCACCCACUGCACACGCUCCGCCUUCCCGCCCGCCCUUCGAUCCACUUCCUGGUUUUCUCAGUUGAACGUCACAGCGGCUGCCAAAGGCUCCGUCAAACAGGUCGAAAGUUGCCCAGACACGGGGAGAAAAAUGUACCUGACGGCGAGGAUACCGCAGCCUGGCAAAGCUUUUUCACGAAGCGAAGCUUGUCUUACAGAAUGAUAAACAAAAGUGAUUUUUACGGCAGCAGUAGUUAUCGUCCGCCGGGACGCUGCUGCGGAACUGAGCGGGCUAGCUUGCCCGCUGCUAACCGUUAGCGAGCUAGCAGACGGAGCUAACUGUUAGCUUCGACUAGACGCUGAGGAGCUCGGUUCAAGUUUGAAUCCAGACCUGAUUCGGAGGAGUUCGAGCGGGCUGAGGGGGGACAACAUGGAGAAAGUACAGAUGAGGCACAACCCUCGCAGGCAGCUGAAGAAGUUGAGCGAGGACAGCCUCACCAAGCAGCCAGAGGAAGUCUUUGAUGUCCUGGAGAAGCUGGGUGAAGGGUCUUAUGGUUGUGUUUUCAAGGCCCAUUAUAAAGAAACGGGGGAGAUUGUUGCCAUCAAACAGGUUCCUGUAGAGUCUGAUCUGCAAGAGAUCAUUAAGGAAAUCUCCAUCAUGCAGCAGUGUAACAGUCCCCAUGUGGUGCGGUAUUACGGCAGCUACUUCAAAAACAGCGACUUGUGGAUUGUCAUGGAAUUUUGUGGCGGAGGAUCAGUGUCUGAUAUCAUCCGAAUACGUAACAAGACGCUCACAGAGGAGGAGAUUGCCACCGUCCUGCAGUCGACUCUGAAGGGUCUGGAGUAUCUUCACUUCAUGAGGAAGAUCCACAGAGACAUCAAGGCAGGCAACAUCCUGCUGAACACAGAAGGUCAAGCCAAACUGGCUGAUUUUGGAGUUGCUGGACAGCUCACAGACACUAUGGCAAAGCGAAACACGGUCAUCGGCACACCGUUCUGGAUGGCUCCAGAGGUCAUACAGGAGAUCGGUUACAACUGUGUCGCUGACAUCUGGUCGCUGGGAAUAACGGCGAUAGAGAUGGCUGAGGGCAAACCACCGUACGCUGAUAUACACCCAAUGAGGGCGAUCUUCAUGAUUCCCACCAACCCUCCCCCAACGCUUCGUAACCCAGAUCUGUGGUCGGCAAACUUUCUGGACUUUGUCAGCCAGUGUUUGGUGAAAAACCCGGAAAAUAGAGCAACAGCCACACAGUUGUUACAGCAUCCUUUCAUCAAAUCAGCCAAGCCCAAUUCCAUCCUAAGAGUUUUGAUCCAAGAUGCCAUGGAGAUAAAACUGAAGAAACAAGAGGAGGCAGAACAAAGAGAGCAGGACGCAGAAGACGACAAUUCGGAUGAGGAUGAAGUGGACCAGGGGACGAUGGUUCGAGCUGGAGCGGGUGACUCCGGAACCGUCCGGGCUGCUGGGUCCUUAGCAAGUUCAUUUAGCGGUACAAUGAUUGAACAUGAGGACACAGGAACCAUGCAGUCACAGCUCGGUACCAUGGUAAUUAACUCUGAUGAUGAGGAUGAGGAAGAAGCUGGUACUAUGAAAAGGAGAGACGAGACGAUGCAGCCACCCAAGCCGUCCUUCCUGGAAUACUUUGAGCAGAAAGAGAAGGAGGCAAACAACCAUAACGAUGGAGGACGCAGAGGAGAAAACAACGCUGACAACCGCAAACUCCCUCCUGAAGGAGAUCUUGAAGUGGUGAGCACGUGGUCGGUGGACGAGCUGCGGCUCCGACUCGCCUCUCUGGACCCUCAGAUGGAGCAGGAGAUCGAGGAGAUCCAUCAGCGCUACCAGGCCAAGCGGCAGCCCAUCCUCGACGCCAUCGAGGCCAAGAAGCGGCUGCAGCAGAACUUCUGAGACGGACCUGCAGCGCUGCUAGCAGAACAGGAUCCAUCUUGUUUUCUGUGCUCGUCUCCUCCCGACGCCUGGACAAAACGUUGGACGAGACGUUUGGAAAAUGAAGACGUGGAACGAUUCUCACUUUGGAUGUGGAGCUUGACGUGAGACAAACCUCGUCUGACAGAACCGAGGUCCGUUUCAAAACGAUCUGCGCUCUUCCAGUGUUCAGCCAUCAUAAAAGAAAAGGCGUCUGAAGACGUUUUAAAUUUUAUAUCAACCGCUGCAAAUUCCUUUUGAACCACAGAAACCUUUCUCAA